GAAAUGGAAAGGAAAUUGUGUCCGGAAUUUAUAAAGUUCCAGCCCAACGAAUCUUCAAGAUGUAAGGAGUGGUUUGCGGAAAAAUAUAAAAUACCUGGAGUGGUUGGAUGCGUAGACGGAACACACAUUGGAUUACAAAAGCCAAUUAGAGACGAGCACAUGUACUUCAACAGGAAAGGUUACCAUAGUCUUAACGUUAUGCUAAUUUGUGACCACACUUGCAAGAUUCUUGCCAAAAAUUGUCAAUAUAGAGGUGCAGCCCAUGACUCCUGAAAAGGUCCACCACAUGUAAUUGUUUGGUGAGGUUUUCCCACAAACGGCUGGCCGUUGCUUUUCCCUGCGAGCAUUUUGGGAGUAAAUUCUUUGCCAAGUCAGGGUGUUCGGCCAUGAACUCCGCCAUGAGUUCCUUCUGCGUAGAGUUUAAUUUAUUGUAGUUGGUCCUAAAAUAAGAAAAAUAGCUAUAAACUUGUAUAUGU